AUGCGUUUCGCUUUCUUUCUACUCGCUGCUUUUGCGGCCACGCUUACGUUAAGUCUCGCUGCAUUUAAUGCUAAUGACAUCAAGCCAAAGAAUGCCUUAGACACCGACACUACGACUAUCGAACAUGAUGACGAGACUUUGUAUCGACGCAAGAAUGAAGGAGUGGUUGGGGAAGAACGAGUGCUUGGGUUGGAAAAGAUCAAGAGUUUCUUAAGCACGAAAGUGAUGUCAUUAAUCAGCCGUUUACGAGCAUGGUUCAGCCGUAUCUUUCGCUUUGGAAAAACAGUCUCAGGGACAAGUUUAGAAUCGCUUUCAACCUCUUCACGCACUCCAAAGAUUUCUUGUCGCUGA